GGAGGGACUGAAGAAGAAGGCUAACUUGACAGCCGCGCUUCUUAGCUAGUCACCGGCCUGGCCCGAGAAUCCGUGUGUGUGUGUAGCCUCUGCAGAGAGGUGUUUUCUCCCGGAGUCCCUGGGUCCGCUGGAGCUUCCGAGAACUGGGGAGGAGCCGUCCCAGUCAUGACCCCCUGCGGGAAUCUGCUGGGGGGCAAGUGGCCUGGAGUCCUCACGCCCCUCCGGCUUCUCCGGAGGGAGAGGUGAGCCCUGGGCAGCCCGCCCACAGCCAGAGGUGCCGGGAGCCCUGGGCCUGUCAUGGUGGCCGUCCGCAGCCAGCCUGAGGCACUCCCAGACGGGUUUGCAGCUGAGCUUGUUUAUCUGGUGUGGGAAGAAGAUGGGGAGUUACUUGUCCGUCCCGGCUUACUUCACCUCCAGAGACCCCUUUCGGUGUUCAGAAUGCCAGGAUUCCCUCGCCAACUGGUACUAUGAGAAGGAUGGGAAGCUUUACUGCCACAAGGACUACUGGGGGAAGUUUGGGGAGUUCUGCCAUGGAUGCUCUCUGCUGAUGACAGGACCUGUCAUGGUGGCUGGGGAAUUCAAGUACCACCCAGAGUGCUUUGCCUGUAUGAGCUGCAAGGUGAUCAUUGAGGAUGGGGAUGCAUACGCCCUGGUGCAGCACGCCACCCUCUACUGUGGGAAGUGCCAUAAUGAGGUGGUGCUGGCACCCAUGUUUGAGAGGCUCUCCACGGAGUCUGUUCAGGACCAGCUGCCCUACUCCGUCACACACAUCUCCAUGCCAGCCACCACCGAGGGCAGACGGGGCUUCUCCGUGUCCGUGGAAAGGGCCUGCUCCAACUACGCCACCACUGUGCAAGUCAAAGAGGUCAACCGGAUGCAUAUCAGUCCCAACAACCGCAACGCCAUCCACCCUGGGGAUCGCAUCCUGGAGAUCAAUGGGACCCCUGUCCGCACACUCCGAGUGGAAGAGGUAGAGGAUGCGAUUAACCAAACAAGCCAGACACUUCAGCUCUUGAUUGAACAUGAUCCUGUCUCCCAGCGCCUGGACCAGCUGCGGCUGGAUGCACGACUCUCUCCCCACAUGCAGAAUGCUGCACACUCUCAUACCGUCAGCACCCUGGACACCAAGGAGAAUCUGGAAGGGACACUCAGGAGACGCUCCCUGAGGCGCAGUAACAGCAUCUCCAAGUCCCCUGGCCCCAGCUCCCCAAAGGAGCCCCUGCUCUUUAGCCGUGACAUCAGCCGCUCAGAAUCCCUCCGCUGUUCCAGCAGUAACUCACAGCAGAUCUUCCGGCCAUGUGACCUGAUCCACGGGGAGGUCCUGGGGAAGGGCUUCUUCGGGCAGGCCAUCAAGGUAACACACAAAGCAACUGGCAAAGUGAUGGUCAUGAAGGAGUUAAUUCGGUGUGAUGAGGAAACACAGAAGACUUUCCUGACUGAGGUGAAGGUGAUGCGAAGCCUAGACCACCCCAAUGUGCUCAAGUUCAUUGGUGUGCUAUACAAGGACAAGAAGCUGAACUUGCUGACAGAGUACAUUGAGGGGGGCACGCUGAAGGACUUUCUGCGCAGUGUGGACCCAUUUCCCUGGCAGCAGAAGGUCCAGUUUGCCAAAGGCAUCGCCUCUGGAAUGGCCUAUUUGCACUCCAUGUGUAUCAUCCACCGGGAUCUGAACUCACACAACUGCCUUAUCAAGCUGGACAAGACCGUGGUGGUGGCAGACUUUGGGCUGUCACGGCUCAUAGUUGAGGAGAGGAAAAAGCCCCCAGUGGAGAAGGCCACCACCAAGAAACGCACCUUGCGUAAGAAUGACCGCAAGAAGCGCUAUACAGUGGUGGGAAACCCCUACUGGAUGGCCCCUGAGAUGCUGAACGGAAAGAGCUAUGAUGAGACGGUGGAUGUCUUCUCUUUUGGGAUCGUUCUCUGUGAGAUCAUCGGGCAGGUGUAUGCAGAUCCUGACUGCCUGCCCCGAACACUGGACUUUGGCCUCAACGUGAAGCUCUUCUGGGAGAAGUUUGUCCCCACAGACUGCCCCCCAGCCUUCUUCCCCCUGGCUGCCAUCUGCUGCAAACUGGAGCCCGAGAGCAGACCAGCAUUCUCAAAACUGGAGGACUCCUUUGAGGCUCUCUGCCUGUACCUGGGAGAGCUGGGCAUCCCGCUGCCUGCAGAGCUGGAAGAGCUGGACCACACUGUGAGCAUGCAGUACGGCCUGACCCGGGACUCACCCACCUAGCCCUGGCCCAGCCCCCUGCAGGGGGGCGUUCUGCAUCCACCAUUGCCCCCUCUGCGCCCCAUCCCUGCUGUGGGCAGGGUCACCCGGGCUUCCUGUGGAUUGGCAGCUUGUUUAGAAACAGAACAAGCCAUCCCUACUACCUCCCCAGGAGGCGAGUGGGUGCAGCACCAGGAAAACACAUCAAGGUUUGGGGGCCUGGUUACUGUCUGUAGAUCCAACACUUGCCUGAAAGCUGUGAAGAAAAAAAAGAAAAAAAAAAGAAAAAAAAAAGCGUGGCCCAUGGGCCAGGAGGAAUCUGUUACUUGUGACAACUUGGGACCUCCCUGGCAUUGGGAUUCCAGGAGGCUCUUCCUUACACUAAUCAGCAUGACCUGGACCUGCUGGGCAGGAUUCCAGGGUGAACCUGCCUGUGGGCUCUGAAGUCUCUAGUCCAGCUGGGUACAGGAGGACUUCAAGUGGGAGUGUGGACAAGAGAAAGGCUGGUGGCCAGGCGGCUGUCCGAGGAUGUGAAAUGACAGUGGUGCUACCCCUCCCCUUCCACUCUGUGUCCCACCCACCCUCCUCUGGGAUAGGGGUUGAGGCGUCAGGUUUUGAAGAGUCCCUUCGUUUGUGGUGGAACUGGCCAGGAGUCAGGGGAAGGGCUAGUUUGCUCAUCUCCCAGGCCUAGGGGCCACAUCAGUGUGGGGGGAGCUUCCUCCUCACGCUGUCAAACUGUACUACUAGAGGCUCGCUGAGAACUCCUGGGCUUCUCUACCUGCAACAAGCACUCACUCACAAAUGCAGCAAGAGACUGGGGCCUGGAGAGAAAGGGGCCCUGCCCUUUAGAAAGCCCAUACUCUGGCUACUGUCAUUCAUUCCCCUGGUGGGCACCUCAGUCAGAAGCCCAGACCCUUAGCUUAGUGCUGGGUGGGUUCUGGAUGAUUGUGUGGCUUGCCACAGGCCCAGCAAAUGAGCCAAGAGAAUGGCUGUCUCAGCAGUCUCAGCCCUUCCCUUGUGGCAGCCAUUGCUCCCCCUUCACCAUGCCUGGUCCAGGCAGCAACUUGGGCAGGAAGAGGUAGUGGCAGAGUGGAGUUGGGAUGCUGGGGGAGGUUGCUCCCUAGCUGGGCUUUCUGGCUUCUACCUCCCUUGUUGGUUGGCCCAGCUCAUUAGCUCCUUGUAGCUCAUGGCUGCAGCUUCCUGGCACAGCUAUGGGCACUCAAAAGCCCUGGAGGCAUGCUCUACAUUGGCUCCCAGAACUUCAGGAACCCUUCAACACAACAAAAUUUGCCACCUCCUGUGUGUCUGUGAGCUUGCACCAUAUUUAACAAAUUGGGAAUGGGUUUGGGAUAUUAUUGCAAUGUGUGGUGGUUGUGUUUUUUGGGGGGAAAGGGGGAGGUAAUGGGGGGGGAGUGAUCCAGGAGAGUGGUUGAUGUUAAUACCGUUUUUGUUGCUUUAUCUGUUGGGUGAUAUGUGAAAAUACUGUACAUAGACCUGAUAAGUUGUGGGAUUAGAUGUCCUCUUUGGACAGAGUUUACCUGCUUUAUAGACCAUACUUAUGUGUGGAGUGUGCAAGCUUGCUGUAGGGUUGAGUCGUGGCUCUGAGCAACCCUAAGUCAGCUGGUUGUGCCUCAGCUGUCCCCAGCAAGCAUGGGAAUGGUGGGCCCAUGGUGGGCCAUUGAGCAGACCAAAUAAAUUAAGCAGUUAACAUAA